UUCUUCUCCAUUUUCACUUUUACUUUUUCCGAUCAUGGGUGCCCUUAAGGAUUUAGCGAGGUCAUUCUCUCGGAUGACCCAAGAGGAGGUAGACCUAUUUUGCCUUGAAUAUGGUAUCGAUAAAAAGUUUAAUCCCACCGCCCCUUCUUGUGAUGUUUCUAUUGACAAACCGAUUCCAGGUUCGAUUGCUUUGUAUUGUCGCCAUUUUCAAUGGUCCAAUCUUCGUUACCCUUUCUCGCUUUUUGUUCUAAACUUGCUUGAGUAUUACCGAGUAUCUUUUGGGCAAGUUCAUCCAAAAGGAAUGGCUAGGGUUUUGCACUUUGAAGUGCUCUGUCGUGCUCUUGGCUAUGAUCCAUCUCUGUUGCUUUUUCGGAGGUUUUUUCGUUUAGCCAAAAAUGGCGAUUGGUUUACUUUUGAAGCGACAAAGGUUGAUACUUGCCUUGUUUCGUCAAUGGUUACAACCCUUGGGUCCUGGAAGGAUCAGUUUUUCUGGGUUUCUGAUUCUAUCAUCCCUUUUAAAAUGAUAUGGAGGCGUCCGGAUGCUGUUCUCAAUGAUCCGGAACCUUCUGAGUCUGAUUUGAACGAUGCCUUUCUUUCAGCCAUUCGGGGGUGCCCUUCGAGGGUUCGUCCCUUUCCCGAACAUUUGUUAGUGCUUUUAGGGGUUAGUAAUAUUUGGGCAAAAGCCGAUCGUGAUCCGGUGUUAAUGAGAAAUGGCGUUGUUAUGUCUGCUUUGGACUUCAUCAAGAGUGACGAUACGUCCGAUGUUAUUUUUGAAGAUGCUCCAACUGUUCCGGGUGAGAAUGUUGUGGUGAGAACUUCUGAGCAAAGGUUUGAGGGCACGGGUUAUGCUAAUGUUGCCAAUGUUAAGGGUUUUACCAAGUCUACUGCCCCUAAGUCUUCAAGUCACCGAUCUUCUCGUCGUUUGCUGAAAGCUGGGCCUCAAUCCACUUCCACUGAGCCAGUGGAUUUGACUGAUGAUAUUGAGGUUUCAGAGGAUCAGGUUGAAGCGGGUGUUGAACAAGAUAAGGAGUUGGUUGUUCAUGGCAAGAAGGUUCGAGGUAAGAAGGUUACUCCUGUUCAAGAAUCAUCAAGCAGGGACGUUGGAGGGUUGGACCCUGAAGGUGUUUAUGUGCCUGCUUGGCAAGUGAAGAAUGAUGAUACCUUCAAGGAUGCUGCCGUUUGUGCUGAGGUUUUGGGUUCUUUGUCGAGGAAGAGGUCUUACUCUGGGGACAGUGAUGAUACCCUUUCGAGUCUUCCUGAUACCUCAAAGGAUGCUGGUUUGGAAACCUCUGCUGUUGGUGGUGAGGAAGGUGCCAAGAUGAAGAAGACUAAGAAAGCCAAAAAGUCUAAGGGUGAAAGUUCUAAACCCUCUGAUAACUGA